AUGAAGCCAAGAAGGGAUCUUCCGGUGAUCCUGCGGUCGCAUCCUCUUUCUGGCCCCUUGCUGAGAUGCUUUAUGUGCGCCUCGAAGAAGGAAGCUGCUCGAUCACCCACCAAACUCAACUCCUGCGUCGUGACUCGACUCGACUCCACUCACUCUUCCUCGUGCGUGACAUCCGUCGGCAGCAUUUUGUCAAGGACGAGAUCAUUCUUUGCAAUUUUCCCAACGACACAAAACCGUCUUGGUCACUCGCGACUUUGUCUCUGCAGUGGUUCAUCCCUGUUGUCCAACUCACAGUUUGUCAUGGAGCCCCCUCCCACUCCUCUCUCUGUCCUUUUGCAGGCUGCUGGAGGAGAGCAGUACAUGGUGUACGGAGAUGCUCUCAAGAGUGAUGCGAUUGAUGAUGGUGAGACCUUUUUGGAGUUUGACACUCCAACAUUGAAGAAGGAUUUUGGCAUCAAACUUGGUCAUGUCAAGAAAAUCAAGAGAGCCGCUAGGCAAGAAAUCCAGUCUGGACCAAGCAAGGUUCCUCGACUUCCUCCGGCGCAAGCAGCGGCGGUCCCAUCUCUGGCGACGGUCCCAUCUUUGGCGACGAAAGUGCUUUUUCCUCGGCUUUCUCCGACGCAAGCAGCGACGGUCCCAUCUCUCACGACAACAGCACUUCUCCCUUUGACACAAGCACCUGCAGUCGCCUCCGUCGCGACGGAAACGCUUCCUCCUCCGACACGAGAAAAUGCACUCUCCUCCGUCGCGACACCCACAGUCGCCUCCAGCGCGACAGCAGCACUUCCUCCUCCGACACAAGAUGAUCAAUUCAUCAUGAAGGCAGACUUGGAGAAAAUCGUGAUGUCUGUUACGACUAUUGGUGCUGCUAUGGCUACUUUGAUGGAGAACCAGAAACCCAAGGAGCUCAAAGAGAUUGACAGAAAAGUGGCUGGAAAAUUCAAGGAAAUCCACCAACAGAUUGCUAUUGAAUCUCAGAAGACCCUCUGUGCUGGGACACUGGAAAAGUACCAUGAGGUCAAGAAUUUCUAUGAGACCUCACUUCAUGGCAACUGGACAGAUGAUGCACCAGACACCAUUGCCGAAACCUUCCUUACUUGGUGUUUGAGAGACGCAAGGGAUUUGAAAGCUUCCACAAAACGAGCCAAGCUACACGCAGUCAAAUGCCUCCUCCAGCAGGAAAACCGGAGUCUAUCCAAUGAAGGUGCCAAGACGAUGCAAGAUGCAAUCCGACUCUUUCGGAAAUUGGAAACUCGUGACCAGAACGGACGGCAAGAUGUCAUUGACAACCUGCAUGAGCUCGAUACUGCGACAUACAAUUUUGUGGUGCAGACUUGUCCCAGCAGUCGUGCCCUGCCAAAAGAAGCUUCAUUUCCUGCUUCGUCUUCAUCGAAGAAAGCCUCCACGAAAUUCCCUUGUCCUCACACCGACUGCGACCAUGGAUACAAGCACAAGCGAAGUCUCACUCAACAUUUGCGAAUGGUGCACUCCAAGGAGCUCUCUACCGGCACUACUGGCAUUGCAACGGCAGACAAUUGCAGCAGUUCGGAGGCUGCCAAGGCAACAGCAGAGGCAACCAAGUCCACGAAGCCCGUGAGUCGUAGCAGUUCGAAGGCCGCGAAACGAAUCUGCUACAGCGAUGAUGAUGAUGAUGAUGAUGAUAGCGUCCAUACUGCCCAGCGGGAAUGA